CGCGCGAGCCCUCACGCACGGCACGCGCCUCACAGAACACUCCGGCCGGCUCUCCCUCGUCGGUGAACCGCACGCGCGCGUCUCUCGCGCCUCUUCCGCACACGCAAACGCGGGCGACCGGCCACCGAGUUCCGGCCGGUUUUGACAAUCAAUCGAUAGAGAAAACGCCGACAGGACAUCGGUCGGCAUGGUAUCCCCGCUCGCGACGGUGACCGGGGCGACGGUGGCGACGGCGGUGGCGCUUCGUGGCACCCACAGACGUACAAAAAGCGGCGGGCGCGGACGCGGCGCGUCCCCCCGCUCGGACAAAGCCCCUGCCGCGAUUCCCCGGGACGCCGAAGCCGUGACUCGGCGUGGGCUGACGAGGACGAAAGCCUCGGAACGCGAGGAGGGCGACGUCGCCGACGGCGACCGACGCGCGUUUUUCGCCGCGGCGACCGGUCUGUUCUCUCCCCACGCGCUCAAAGUCGACGCGAACCGCGACGCGCGAAGCAACAUCCCGCUCGGACCCGCGUGCCUCCUCGACGACGCGAACGACGCAUCGCGCGCGGACGCCCCGGCUCCCGCCAGAGGCGGCGGUGCGGGCCGAAUCUGGGGCAACGGGGUGCUCGCGCUCAUGCUGGGAGCCGCCGGGUUCGGGCGCGUGCACCACGCCCCCAUGAACGACUACGCUCACGCCGCGGUGACGACGGGCACCGUCGCCAAGGGCGGGGUAUCGUCCAAGGCUGGCGGCGUGGGUGCCCGGGAUGGAGGCGGCCGAGGAGGAAUGGAGCCGAGCGCCGCGCACAUCGAGGAGCACGGCGGGUCGAGGGUGUACAGCAAGUCGCUGCUCCCGGGGGUGAAGAGCGCCAAGGGGAAGCUCCGGCAGCAUCCGGACCACAUCGGGCCGGUGCCCAACCCUCACUUCGAGGACGUGGUGUGCAGCAAGUGGUUCGUGGGGUCGCUCAACGCCAUCGGGUGAUUCCGACAAACCGAAACGAGACCCCGUCUCUCGCCGCCCAUUCUUUUUUCCUUCGCCUCGACGCGACCAAAGCCGCGGUCGACGCUUCUAACGACUUUUACCCGGUGAACUUUCACCGAAGCGAACGGCUGUAUAAACAGUUCUAAAAAAGUAGAUUGUAAGAUAGUCUAUACGACAC